AUGGCCGUCGAGAAUGCCGGCGACCAUGUGCCAAUAUGUAUUGCAUCAACAAAACCACGCAAUGAUGGAGGAACUCCACCCGAUGAAUCAAAUCAAGCUUCUUCAGAUCUCUUGUCAACAUCCAAAGAUGCACAGUCUACACCGACCUCAGAUGAGCAGUCAGGUGGCGACCAUGAUGAAUUGAACUGGUUCAAAAGCGCGGAAUGGUCCCCGGAUGGGACAACCUUGCUGACGGACUCCGCUGAUCAUUCUAUCCGGACCUGGAUCCUGCCACCCGAUCUGCUAGAGAAGGAGUCAGUUCACCAACUAUCAGCAUACUCUACUCUGCCAUCGGCGGAGCCGACUUAUGCUACGGCGAUCUAUCCGUUCUACAAUCUCCAGGAUCCUUCAACGACACUCUUCCUCUCUUCUGUUCGUGAUCAUCCAAUCCGACUUUCAUCGGCUCUCGCCCCAACUGCGAUGGCAAGCUACUCUUUGGUGAACCCAAUGACUGAAGCAUUUAUCACUCCGCAUUCAAUGGUUUACCCGUCAACUCUUGGCGGCACGCAUUUCCUUACUGGUUCAGACAGCUUGAUUUGCCUCUUUGAUGUGUCCAGACCAGGGAUGCAGGGCCCCGUGUCUUCGAUGCCAACUAUACCUAGCAAACGCAAGCAAAUAGUGGGUGGCGGAAUUGGUAUGAAGGGGAUAGUAUCAGCUCUGGCAGUGAGUCCCACCGGAGACGGCAUCCUCGCUGCAGGCACGUACACAAGACAUGUUGGCCUUUACAACUCGAAUGGCUCUGGCGAAUCCCUCGGUACGUUCAGCAUUGCCAAAACCGAAGCCAAUCGUGAAAUCGGUGGCCGUGGUAUUACACAGCUUUCUUGGAGUCCUUGUGGCAGGUAUCUUUACAUUGCCGAGCGAAAGAGCGACGGCGUGUUAGUCUACGACGUUCGCGUUACGGGCCAGAUGCUUGGUUACUUGCGCGGUCGCAAGGCACUUACAAAUCAGCGAAUGAAAAUUGAUGUUGUGGCUGCUGGUCCAGAUGGGUCUCAUGAGGUCUGGGCCGGAGGUACAGAUGGAUACAUGCGAGUUUGGAAAAACCCUGAGUUCUCCGCAGGUGGACAGGACCCAGAUGCGGAAUUCAAGGUGCAUGAUGAUGCUGUGGCGAGCGCAAUAUUCCACCCAAUGGCAAAUAUCGUUGCAACAACUUCUGGGCAACGACAUUAUGACUUGGAUGAUUCUUCCGAUGAAGAGACCGACAGCGUGUCACAGAAGGUCCAGAAGGUCGAUAACAGUCUCAAGAUAUGGUCAAUGCCAUUACCACAGUCGGAGUCUGAUGUCCAAUGA